UCAGCAAGAUUAUUCAAAAACACCGACAGAAACUUUAAUUUACCUGAUACAAUUGACGAUCAGAUGUCUUCAAAACAAGAUAAUUCACUUUAUUUACCUGAAAAAAUUAAUACUGACGUUAUUGAUGUUGACCAAAAUCUCUCAACACAACUUGUUACAGUUAAUAUUAAUGAUAAAAAUAAAUCAACACAAGAAAAUAAUUCAAAUUUCACAA